AUGGCUUCCUCCAACCCUCCUCCACAGGCUGCCAUAGAAGAUCAGCUGGUUCCUGGAGGCCCUGGCCCCUCCCCUGAGGCGGAGGACGACCCCGGAGAGGCUUUCGAGUUUGACGACAGUGACGAUGACGAGGACACCAGCACUGGCCUGGCCGUCCCGGGCAUUGCUCCCGAGAAGGACAUCGAUGCCCCACUGAUCCACUGGGACUCCGCCCCCAUCGCUGACCCAGACCCAGACCCAGACCCAGACCCGGUAGCCUCACCACCCCAGACACACACCCUUACCUGUCCUGGGACUCGCCCUGGAGCAGCCCUAGCCCCCUUGAACACCAUCUCCUGGUGGCGCCAGGGCGUGAGCUCUCGAAGGUUCAAAUCCCCACUCAGCUCUUCUCCAAAUGGGUGGUUUUGGGCGCCCCUGAACCUCUCUGAGCCCCACUUUCCCCAUCUUGAUGGGACCCGAGGGAUGGAGACUGUGCGCUCAGUGCCUCAGCCUCUUGGGCUGGGCCUGGGUUGCCCGGUCCCGGAGUUGCUGCAGCCUCAGAGCCACCGCACUCCCAUCCGGGCCCUCGUCCCCAGCGGGGGAGGGAAGCGGGCCAGUCCUCGUCCCCGCCGGCCAGCUGCCAGGCAGGAGCGAGGGAUGCUUACUGGCUCCCUGGACGCACCUGUCCUGCCCCUUCCUGGGUACCCAGACGAGAUGGACUGGUCAGAGGCUCUCACCUGGGCCUGGACGCCAGGGAAGCAGUUGGGCAGCUGGAUUCCCGGAGGACACGCCGAGAAGCCCGUGAGCCCGGUUCCCGACCCUGGCUGCCCAGGGGAAGCAGCGGACAGUUUAGAAACGCCAAUGCCUGGCCUCCUCUGGACCACCAGCUCAGGACUGCUGGGCCGGGGCCCUGGCCGGUACCUGCUGGGGGCUUCCCGGGCAAUCGCGAGGGCCACUGCUGGGCGUCCUCACUGGGUGGGCUGCCGCAGGCUUGGUGGCACCUCUGAGGGGGACCGGCCGCUGCCCAUGCCUGGGAGUUGCCCCCGUCUCCUGCCCGAUGGGAGCCAUGGUCCAGGAGUAGAUCGUGUGUUUGACCGCUUAUCUGUUCCCCCAAAUACCCAGAAGCUCCUACAGCAGGGCGGAUGGGCUGGCAGUGGGGUGCCCUGCUGCCCAAGACGAGGUCCCUCCCGGGAGCAGAAGCCACCAGAGCUCAGGGAGAGAGCAUCCAGGCAGGUCGACCGAUUCACUUUCCCCGCCCUGGAAGAAGAUGUGAUUUACGACGACGUGCCCUGCGAGAACCUGGAUGCCCAUCAACCCGGGGCGGAGAGGAGCCUGCUCUACGAGGAUGUGCAUCGGGACGGAGCGCCCAGGGAGCCCGAGGACCUAGGCUGGAGCUCCAGUGAGUUUGAGAGCUACAGUGAAGACUCGGGGGAGGAGGCCAAGCCAGAGGCCGAGCCCGCCAAGCACCGAGUGUCCUUCCAGCCCAAGCUUUCUCCAGACCUGACUAGGCUAAAGGAGAGAUACGCCAGGACUAAGAGAGACAUCUUGGCUUUAAGAGCCGGGGGGAGAGACGUGCAGGCGCUGAAGCACAAGUACGACUGUAAGCCACGACAGGGCUCGGAUCACUGGCCAAGAAUGUUGCCCGGUGGCGCAUGGGGGAAGAGGAAGCCGCGGGGCCGGCGGCUGGGGUGGGUGCGGAGUGAUGCCCGGGGUACCAUGUGGGCCAGGCAGGAGGGCCUUCACCACCCCCACCCCCACACUGUCGUCCGCUGUCCCUCCUCCUCCUCCUCUUCUGUCUCCUGUUCAGGUGACUCGGAGGAGGAGGACAUGGGACUCCUGGAGGUCAGCGUUACGGACAUCAAGCCCCCGGCCCCGGAGCUGGGCCCCAUGCCAGAUGGCCUGAGCCCUCAGCAGGUGGUCCGGAGGCACAUCCUGGGCUCCAUCGUGCAGAGUGAAGGUAGCUACGUGGAGUCUUUGAAGCGGGUACUCCAGGAUUACCGCAACCCCCUGAUGGAGAUGGAACCCAAGGUGCUGAGCGCCCGUAAGUGCCAGGUGGUGUUCUUCCGCGUGAAGGAGAUCCUACACUGCCACUCCAUGUUCCAGAUAGCCCUGUCCUCCCGGGUGGCCGAGUGGGACUCCACCGAGAAGAUUGGGGACCUCUUCGUGGCUUCAUUCUCCAAGUCCAUGGUGCUAGACGUCUACAGUGACUAUGUGAACAACUUCACCAACGCCAUGUCCAUCAUCAAGAAGGCCUGUCUCACCAAGCCUGCCUUCCUCGAGUUCCUCAAGCGUCGGCAGGUAUGCAGCCCUGACCGUGUCACGCUCUACGGGCUGAUGGUGAAGCCGAUCCAGAGGUUCCCGCAGUUCAUCCUCCUGCUUCAGGUACCGCCUGCCAACCACAGGGGCCAGCUGGAGAUCAGCAGCCUGGUGCCCCUGGGGCCCAAGUACGUGGUCAAGUGGAACACAGCACUGCCCCAGGUGCAGGUGGUGGAGGUGGGCCAGGAUGGCAGCUCCUACGACAAGGACAACGUGCUCAUCCAGCACGCUGGCACCAAGAAGGCCUCUGCCGCAGGCCAGGCCCAGAAUAAGGUGUAUUUCGGCCCCCCGCGCCUCUUCCAGGAGCUGCAGGAUCUGCAGAAGGACCUGGCUGUUGUAGAGCAGAUAACCUUCCUCAUCAGCACGCUGCACGGCACCUACCAGAACCUGAACAUGACCGUGGCUCAAGACUGGUGCCUGGCCCUGCAGAGGCUAAUGCGGGUGAAGGAGGAGGAGAUCCACUCGGCCAACAAGUGCCGUCUCAGGCUCCUGCUUCCUGGAAAACCUGACAAAUCUGGCCGCCCCAUCAGCUUCAUGGUGGUCUUCAUCACCCCCAACCCCCUGAGCAAGAUCUCCUGGGUCAACAGGUUGCACCUGGCCAAGAUUGGACUCCGGGAGGAGAACCAGCCGGGCUGGCUGUGUCCGGACGAGGACAAGAAAAGCAGAGCCCCGUUCUGGUGCCCCAUCCUGGCCUGCUGCAUUCCUGCCUUCUCCCCCCGGGGCCUCAGCCUGCAGCUUGGGGCCCUGGUCCACAGUCCUGUCAGCUGUCCCCUGCUGGGUUUCUCGGCGGUGAGCACGUCCCUUCCACAGGGCUACCUCUGGGUUGGGGGCGGGCAGGAAGGUGCAGGGGGCCAGGUUGAGAUCUUCUCCUUGAACCGGCCCUCGCCACGCACGGUCAAGUCCUUCCCGCUGGCAGCCCCUGUGCUCUGCAUGGAGUACAUUCCCGAGCCGGAGGAGGGGGAGAGCGGAGACGAGGGCCAUGUGGCCGCUGAGCCCUCAGCUGCAGUGCAUCCGACCAUCUGCCUCGGGCUCCAGGAUGGCAGCAUCCUGGUUUACGGCAGCGUGGACACGGGUACCCAGUGCCUGGCGACCUGCAGGAGCCCAGGCCUGCAGCCUGUGCUCUGCCUGCGGCAUAGCCCCUUCCACCUGUUCGCUGGUUUGCAGGAUGGGACCGUCGCCGCCUACCCUCGGACCAGUGGUGGUGUCCCCUGGGACCUGGAGAGCCCUCCCGUGUGCCUGACUGUGGGGCCAGGACCUGUCCGCACCCUGCUGAGCCUGGAGGAUGCCGUGUGGGCCAGCUGUGGGCCUCGGGUCACUGUGUUAGAUGCCACUAGCUUGCAGACUCAGCAAAGCUUCGAGGCGCAUCAGGACGAGGCCGUGAGUGUGACGCACAUGGUGAAGGCGGGUAGCGGCGUCUGGAUGGCCUUCUCCUCUGGUUCCUCCAUCCGCCUCUUCCACACUGAGACACUGGAGCAUCUGCAGGAGAUCAACAUCGCCACCAGGACCACCUUCCUCCUGCCGGGCCAAAAGCACCUGUGUGUCACCAGCCUCCUGAUCUGCCAGGGUCUGCUCUGGGUGGGCACCGACCAGGGUGUUAUUGUCCUGCUGCCUGUGCCUCGGCUGGAAGGCAUCCCCAAGAUCACAGGGAAAGGCAUGGUGUCGCUCAACGGUCACUGCGGGCCUGUGGCCUUCCUGGCCGUGGCUACCAGCAUCUUGGCCCCCGACAUCCUGCGGAGCGACCAGGAGGAGGCCGAAGGGCCGCGGGCGGAGGAGGACAAGCCUGACGGGCAGGCUCACGAGCCCCCGCCCGCGAGCCGCGUGGGCCGAGAGCUGACCCGCAAGAAGGGCAUCCUCCUUCAGUACCGCCUGCGCUCCACGGCCCACCUCCCGGGCCCGCUGCUGUCCGUGCGGGAGCCCGCGCCCGCCGACUGCUCGGCCCUGGAGCACAGUGAGGAGGACGGCUCCAUCUACGAG